AUGAAGCUCGCCCUGGUGACCCUGGCCGUGUUGGUGUGCGCCGUCGUGGCCCAGUACGGAAACGACGCCCCGGUCGCUCAAGUCGUCCAGCCCGCCUACCAGCCCCCGCAAGUCAGCUAUGCCGACGUCCCCGUCUUUCAGCUGCCCCCGGAGCACGAAUUCGUAAGCUCAACCUCGACUCCUCCUCGUCCUCGUCCUCCUCCUCGGGAUCUCACGGACACGGACACGGACACGGCCGUCGCCACGGACGAUUCGAUAGCUUUGAAACAUUCUCUUGGAAAUGCCGUCAUUCCAUCAAAACAACUCCCCUGCAAGAUGAUGUACGAGGGCGCCUAUUCGUAUGCUGGAAUGAUGUGCAUGACGCCUUCGAGUAUGGGCGACGCUCCGCCACUGCAGCAGCAGCUGGAAUGCGAGACGGCCGUCAGCGGGUAUUUCGAGGAGGAAGAGGAGGAGCCGAUGUCUCUCGAAAGGAAAGCCGACAACCUGGAUGUGCCGCAGCAGGCGUCCGCCUCCCCCGACUACCUCGGGCCCCACCGCGCCGAGUUUGUCCGCAUCAAUGCGUACUGCAACACGCCGGAGAUUGACGUGGUGCGACUCGCGCCGCCGUUCCGCCAAUUCUCGGCUUUUGUCCGGUUCAUGUGCCGUGCCCGCACCCACACCAUCCAGUAUCUGGCCCCCGGCGACGACAGCCAAGCGCGCAGCCCUCCGAACGCGCCGAUGGACAUCCAGCAGGUGGCCACGCCGUACCGCAAAGCCCGGCUG